GUCAGCCACCUGCCUCACCCAGCACGCAGGAAGCAAUCCAGGGCAUGCUAUCCAUGGCAAACCUCCAGUCCUCAGAGUCCUGCCUCCAGCCAUCGUGGGGUACCAACCAGGCGAAGAAUAACUCCAUCUCCACACAGAACUCUAAAAAAACAGGUGGUGGCAGCAACAAAAACACCGGCAAACGGUUACUGAAGAAAAGCACAAAGAACAACAUCGACAUAGAAGAUUAUGAUGAGGACCAGGACCACUUAGAUGCCUGUUUUAAAGAUUCAGACUAUGUUUACCCUUCUCUUGAAUCAGAUGAAGAUAAUCCAGUUUUCAAAUCCCGAUCAAAGAAAAGGAAAAGUUCAGAUGAUGCCCCUUACAGUCCAACUGCACGAGUUGGCCCCUCGGUGCCUCGACAAGACAGACCAGUGCGAGAGGGCACAAGAGUCGCCUCCAUAGAAACUGGACUCGCCGCUGCUGCCGCCAAGUUGUCACAGCAGGAGGAACAAAAAGGCAAGAAGAAAAAAAAUACCAAAAAGAAGCUGUCAACCAACAACGUGAACAAACUGGCUCAGGAAGGCAGCUCACCAGAGCCGAAGCUGGAGUCACAUGCCAGCAGCCUCACAGAUCACGAGUACACCGCAGGGGCCAGCACCUUUGGGGUCGCCCAGCCUAACAGGGGAUCGCAGCCGAUGGCACCUGGUGUUUUCCUCACACAGAGGAGACCCUCAUCAUCCUCGCAGAACAAUGCCUCCGCCAAAG